CAGCGAUCGUAGGUACCAUGGGGCUGAGGCUGGCAGUAUACUAUCAUUCGACGGGAAAUGCACAAUUUUCACGAGCUCUGGAGUGCAUUGUGCAUUACCCAUCGAUUGUGCAUUCCGGAUCAGGUGAUAGUACUAGUACUGGGUAUUCAUUCUCCAUUCUCCAUUUCGUUCCAUUUUGUCAGCAUCAGAAGUUAGAACAUCUUCUUAAACUCCGAUGCUAGACGUCAUACUACACUCAGUACACUAGCGUCAAUGGAAGCCAGUCGGGCACGGGCAAGCAUGGCGCUAUUGACGGAAAAUUUAGUAUAUAAGUGACCAACUCCGCGGGCGCGAUUCCAACGUUCCCCCACCAUUCAAUUCUUCCAGAUCGUCUAAGAGCAGAAUGCGCACUUCAGCUCUCCUUGCACUCUUUUUCAGUUUCUUCUUCGUUAUUGGGAUGACGGUCUGUCUCCCUUUAUCACUACCAGAUUCCGAUUAUGCUCUUGUUAUAACCCGUGAUACCCUAGGUUCUCAGAACAAACGCGUCAUGGACCCUGUAACUGGCCCUCUUGAACAGUUCCUCAGGAUGUUAGGCAAUCCACGCCUGCGUGAAAUGCAAUUACAGGUCGAAGACUACUGUUCCCAUUUUUCUUGCCGCAAGCCGAAGGAGACAUUCUACAUCUAAUAUUUAUACCAGACAACAAGAGUUGUUCUGGUCGCUUUGCAAUAUUUUUCAAAUGUGUAUCCUUCGGACUGUUGUACCAUCGGCAGGCAGACUUUGUUUCAGUAUGUCACCCUUGUCCCAACGAUUCAAAUUACUUGCAAGUAUAUAACUUAUCGUUGACUUAUCGUGUAUAUAUGCUUCUCUGUAGAAGCUUGUCUCACUUAGCUCGCGUAUAUCAAAGUCACUCGCGACUGUAUAGCAGCAGACUGCGUUACCGUUUCUUGCGCCCAAAUUCUUUGUUCCGCAACUCAAUACUGUUUUGCGCAGACUACAUAAUUGAAAUGCUUCUUCCUUACACGCAAUGUAUAUACGCGCGUUGCAACGUUGAGACCUCGCCACGCAUAUGUAAGUAC